AUGCAGCUGAAGCAAGGUUCAUUAUCUAUGGUGGACUACACCAGCCGAUUUGAGGAGCUCUGUAGGUUCUCUAGGGCGUGUCAGGGUGCCUUGGAGACCUAUGAAAGUUGGAAGUGUAUCAAGUAUCAAAGGGGCUUGAAGGACGACAUCAUGACUGCUGUGGCUCCUAUAGAGAUUCGGAUUUUCUCCGAUCUGGUGAACAAGGCAAGAGUGAUUGAGGAAUACGCAAAGACAGUAGCCUCGUCAAGGGACACUCAUGGAGGAAACACUAGUAGAGAACGUGACGAUUACCUUGGACAAAGGGGACAAAACUUCAAGAGAGAUGUACAUACUCCUCAGCAUCUGCUAGGUCAAGGGAACUUCAGAAGAGACAACAAUUCCCAGUUUCACCAUAUGAGGGGGAGACGCCUGUGUUAUGCUUGUGGACUACCUGGGCACCUAGCCAAGAACUGCCGUUGUAAGCGAAGCCAGAUCAUGGGUCAGAAUCAACAGUCCGGCCGUGCGCUUACCUUGGAUACACGUGAUGCGACAGGGUUGGAUCCUCUGACGAGAGGUCUUUCCGAGUCAGAAAAUGCGUUUUUUGCAAAAAAAAAUCGUGAAAAACCACGAACCGGCAGUUGA